CUCCGAUGCCGAAUUUCGUUUUCUCUGCUGGAUCUGGUGGAUCUGGUAAAGAUGGUGUGUGUAUUGGUGAGAAACGAGCUCGUACCCAUGAGAUGUGUGAUGUUGGGGGCAGCGAUGGUGAGGAUUCUUCUCUUCCUGGGCCUCCUCUUCCGAUGAGUUUCAAGGACAAGGUUUCUGGUCUCUCUGGCAUGGCUGAAGAUCAUCUGAUCAUUGGUGAUGGCGAUUGUGUGGUUAUGGAUGGGGAUAUUCCGUCCAUUAAUUUCUCUGAAUCAAUUAAGGAUUGUCUAUAUCGUCCUUGGAGAACCUCUGUGAUCAUCAAGCUUAUGGGUCGUCCGUUGACUUAUAAUUUUCUUCGUGCUCGGCUUCUUCAUCGCUGGGCCCUGAAGGGUCCGAUGAGUUUGAUUGAUUUGGAAAACAAUUAUUUCAUUGUUAAGUUUUUGCUUGAGGAGGAUAUGCAGUAUGUGCUCAUUGGUGGCCCUUGGCAAAUCGCUGGUCAAUAUCUUGUGACUCAACAAUGGAAGCCUGGGUUUAAUCCGAAGGAGGAGCGUGUUACACACAUGACGGCUUGGGUCAGAGUUAUUGGUCUCAAUGUGGAGUAUUUUCGACCGGAUGUUAUGGGAAAAAUUGGCAAUCUAAUUGGUCAUACUGUCAAGGUUGAUGCUCUCACUAUGAGCCAAGCGAGAGGGAUUAAGUUGGUUUGCUUUGAAUGUGGCUGCUAUGGGCAUGGUAGGGAUAAUUGUCCUGUUAUUUUGAAAGCCAAGGCUCAGGCUGCUGAAGCUGAAAUUGCUAAGGAUAUGGAGGUUAACACUCCUACUAAGGAGGAUGAUUUGGAUGCUUUCAGUCCUGAGAAGGUUGGUGAUGGGAGUUCUUCGAAGCUUCAUGGCCAAUGGAUGUUGUUGCAGCAGAAGAAGUUUCAGAAAGAACAAGGAUCUGUUAGUGUUAAGUCUACUAAGGCUUCACCUCAAAUUGAGGGAGGUUUUAAGAAUGCCUAUUCUGGUUCAAGGUUUGCUGUUUUGGAUAGUGAUGAUACUCAAAGGGCUGUAGAUGAGCAGGUUGUGAAUCCUUUUAAGUAUGAGGUUAGUAAGUCUAUAAAGCAUGAGGCUACCCCCGCUAGUGGGUCUGCUAAGUCUGGGAAGAGAAAUACUCCUGCUAAGGAUUCUAAGGUGUGGGUUUUCAAAAAACCUUUGAAUGACAUUACUAAUGCCAAGUUGGAGAAGAACAAUAUUAUGGGUUUGAAGCCUGGUCUUGGGUCUAAAAGCGCUGGGAAGCCUAGGGGUGGGCAUACUCGUGGUAAUCUGAUUGUUGGAGCAGUGGGUACGCAAGUUCGAGGUUUGGAUGUGCAAGAUGAUGUUCAGGGCUUGUUCUCUUUUAAUGUGGAUGCUGCCUCUUUGCAUGCGGAUUUUCGGAGUGUUAAUGUAGUGUUGCAUGAUCCAGAGCCUCCUGAUAUUGGUCAAAUGGAGCUGAAUGAGGGUGAGCCUCAUUUAGUUAAAGCUAGUGGUUCCCGCAAGGAUGAGCAUGAUUCAGUUGGUAAUGCAGUUGAUUUGGCUGGUAUGUCAAUUGAUUUUGAUGCCUCUGAUGUUGAGGCUGAGCAGGUUGCUCUUUGAUGAGGUCUUUCCUCUCU